AUGGUAUCGACUAGAAGUAAAGCUGCACCCCCUUCUUCACCUCAAACAGGUGAUAAGCGAUCACCCACAACGGCCAAAGAAGAAGGAGGUUCGUCAGCUAAAAAAGCAAAGAAACAACAAGAUUUAACGGAGAAGAAGGAAUACGAAAUUGCUGUUCAAGGUGAACCUACCACCGAAACCAAAAAAGAGGAAAAUGAACAGGGUGAAAAAGGAGUCAAAGAUAAUAUCAAAGCUGAGACCGAGGCUGAGGCUGAGACCGAUGAAGCUAAGACCGAGAAGGACGACGUGAAAGAAGCGGAAGCACGAGGAGACGGAGAUGAAGAUAAAGUAGAAGAUAGAGAAGAUGAAGUUAAGAGAGAAGAGAAACAAGAAUCUAACGUAGAUGCAGAUGAUGAGGAACCUAGACAUGGUACACUCGAAUCUGGACAUAUAUAUUUCUUAUAUCGACCAAAGAUUGAAAAAGAUGAUGCUCAGUCGAUAGAUGAUAUAUCAAAAUUUCAUGUUCUCCUCAUACCGAAAUCCGGUCCCCGCGGUCAAUCACAUUAUCAUAGAAUCAUCGAAGUGGGCAAGAAGAAGCUGCCUGAUCCAGGAGCCAAACAUCAAGUGAUAUGGGGAUUAGUAGGUGGUAUAGGAAGUGAAACGAGUGCUUUGAAAGAAUCGUUUGGAGCAUACACCUAUGAAACCAAAACUCGAGGAACACGACAUCAAGGAGCUGCAAGACCAGCUGCAAGAGGACACUAUAUACUUCAUUCACCCAGAGAUGAAUUAGCAGAUAGUCCAGAUCAUAACAGACAAAGGGAUUAUAAAUGUAUUUUAGCUUAUGAGAUAACUACUCCAUCUCAUGAAGAUUUUGGUAAAGUUCAAGAAGAAUUAGGUAUUGAAGAAAAAGGUGCUUUGGUCAUACAAGUGAAAGAUCCUGAUGUUCAAUCAAACAACAACCCUAGAGCGGCUGGUAUACCAAGAGAUAAAAGAGCUCAAUACUCUAAAAAACUCAUGGAUAUGUUCAGAGGUAGAAGGUUCAUACCUGCUAAUCCACCUGCUUUUUUGGAUUAUCAAGGUGCAGAAAUAUUGAUCAUCACUUCUCCUCAUGAAUUACAUGAUAGUUUAGGUAAGAAUGGUGAAGACGUGGAAGCGGAUAUGGAUAAAGAUGCUAAGAGUGAAAAAGUUGACGUGGACGGUGCGUUGAAAGAAUUGGGGUUGAAUAAAAAAGAUUUCGAUGAAGAAGCUAUGGAAGGUCACUGGGCUUGA